AAAAACAAGAAAAAAAGAGAAAAACAGGCGUCCUCUCUUCUUCUUCUUCUUCUUCUUCUUCUUCCUCGUGCUCGGGGGCAUAUAAUGUUUACGAAUGAACGGAGGCAAGAAGAGCGAACUGGAAGAUCUGGAACUCCAAGGCUGCAAUACCUUCAGGAAUUGGUUUCUCAAUUUCAGAAUACAACAGAUGAUGAAGAGACAAAAGAGAAAAUUGUUGCUAAUUUGGCCAACUUUGCUUAUGAUCCUUACAACUACACCUUCUUGCGGCAGCUCAAUGUGUUGGAACUUUUUGUGGACUGCAUAACAGAACCGAAUGAGAAGCUGGUGGAAUUUGGUUUAGGAGGAAUCUGCAAUUGCUGCGCCGAUCCAGCAAAUGCUGUAAUUAUCACUCAGUGUGGUGGGAUCCCUCUUGUUAUUCAAUGUUUAUCAAGCCCAGUUAGAAACACUGUGAAUUAUGCAAUUGGAUCACUUUAUUAUCUAUGCAACGCAUCUAACAAGGGGGAGAUUAUGAAGCCAGAGGUGGUUGAUGUCAUGAAGAGAUAUGCUGCAGCUGAAGAAGUAAGUGUCAGUUUCAGUAAUCUAGCCAAGGCAUUUUUGGACAAACAUGUUUCUGAAACUGCUUAGAGAGAAAGUAGCUAUUGUUUUAUGAUGCAUCUGGAUUUUUGGUCUUUGUAAGCAUUUCUGUUUCCUCACGAAAAUUUUGUUCAACGUAUGGUUCCGCAUAGUUGUUUUGCCAACACCUUUAUACCAAAAAUUGUGCUAUACGGCCAUUGUAUCGGUACAUCGACUUUUUCAAUGGCUGGAUUUAAAUGA